AUGACUCAAUUAGAUAAAAAAAGAAUAAAUAUUUUAGAAGCAGUUACUCCUGAACCUUUAUCCGUUUUAGAUUAUGUAAAUGAUAUAAUAGAAAAUAAAAAAAAAGAAAAAGAAAAAAAAAAGAAUUAUUUAGAUGAAUGGGGAAAUAUGAAGAAAAAUGAAAAAACAGAUGAAUUAAAAUUACAAUGGAAGUUACUUCAACAUGAAAAUAUGUAUACAGUAAAUGAAUAUCAUAAAAUAAAAAAAGAUGAAAAAAUGCCAGAUUUUUUUCAAGUAGCUACAUUAGUUAAUAGUAAUGACAAAAUAAAAGUUGGUGAAGGAAAGGAAUCGCAAUCAUUACAUACAUCCAAUAGAAGAAAAAAAAGAUGUUUAUCUGCUUUAAAUUUAUUAGAAAAAGACAAAAACAUGAAGAAAUGGUGUAUAAAAAAAUAUACAAAAAUUCAGACAGAGAAAAAUAUAGGAGGGAAAUCUUUUGUUAAAAAGCAAAGAAAACAAUUGUUAAAAAUGAAAAAAUAA